CAUUGCCGCCCUUCUUCCCUUGGCGUUUUGGUCACACAUCUGAAAACGAAAUGCUGGCCAGGCCGGUGCGGCUCCCCGCUUCCAACGAACCCGCCGCCGCCGCCGCAGCAGCAGAAGCAGCCACAGUAGUUUCCAUCCUCAGCGGCGCGGACCCGGACCGGCUCCCAGCGUCCGGCAUCAACCCGGACCCCUCCCUGCUCCCUCACCUCCGCCAGUCGCUCACCACCAUCCCGGAGUCCGCCUUCCCGGCGCUCGCCCGUUGGACCGGCCCCGCCACCGCCGUUUCCCUUCUCGCCUCCCGCGGCCUCUUCGCUGCCUCCUGGCGCCUUCUCCUGUCACCUUCCUCGCCGCCCCCACCCCUCGACGCCUUCGCCCCGCUCAUCCGCCGGUACGCCCGCCUUGGCCGCGCCACCGCCGCCCUCCGCGCCUUCCACUUCCUCCGCCGCCACCCCGACCGCUACUCGGUGGUUGAUGGUGGUGACUGCUCCCCCGCGGCGACAUGCCUUCUAAACAUGACCGUCGGGGCGCUCUGCAAGGAGGGCCACCCGCGGCCGGCCGCAAAGCUCAUCCAGCGGUGCCGGCACGAGGAGGGGACCCUGCCGGCACCCGACGAAAGGACCUACAACAUGCUCCUGGACGGCUGGUCCAGUGCUCGCCGGCUAGAAAAGGUGGAGAAGCUCUGGGCCGAGAUGCGUCUAGCGGGCGUGCGCUCGACGGUGGUCUCUUAUGGGACUCUCAUCAAGGCGCUUUGUAUGAUGCAGCAUCCGGACAAGGCUGCGUCUCUUCUCGACGAGAUGCGGGAGCAGGGGAUUGAAGCGAAUCUGCUUACCUGCAACCCCAUUGUGUACUCGCUCGCGCUGGCUGGCCGAUUUCAGGACGCCUACAAGUUGCUCGAGAAAUUUCCUCUUUACGGAGUCGCGCCUAAUAUCUCAACAUUCAACUCGCUCGUGCUGGGUUACUGCAAAUAUGGGGACCUUGCCGGGGCUAGCAGUGUGCUCAAGGCGAUGAUAGGGAGGGGUAUCCUGCCAACCGCCAAAACAUAUAACUAUUUCUUCGUCUUCUUUGCCAAGACCUGCAACGUUGAGCUGGGGAUGAAUCUUUAUAACAAGAUGGUUAACAAUGGCUAUGCGCCAGACCAGAUCACUUAUAACCUCUUGAUCAAGAUGUUGUGUGAGGCUAAUCGACUUGAAUUAGUGGUACAGAUGAUAAAGGAGAUGAAAACUAGUGGUUUUGAGUCAGAUCUGGCAACAAGCACCAUGCUGAUACAUUUGCUUUGCCGAAGUCAUCAGUUUGAGGAAGCUUGCGUGGAGUUUGAAGACAUGUUUCGGAGAGGGCUUGUUCCCCAGUAUAUCACUUACCGGAUGCUUAUGAAAGAGAUCAAACGGCUCGGUUUGGUUGAGCUGGUUGAGAAGUUGACCAAUCUAAUGCGCUCAGUACCACAUUCUACAAAAUUGCCUGGCAGCUACAGAGAAAAGGAAGGUGAUGAUGCUAGAGAAAAGAGGAGAUUAAUAUUGGACAAAGCUCAGGCCGUUUCAAAUGUUCUGAAGGUGUGUAAAGAUCCUAAGGAGUUGCACAAGUUAAAAAAUGAUGAAGAAACUAUUGUUGAGGUCGCAGAUAGAGUAGUCGCCAACAUUAGGAAAAGAGUAUAUGGUGGCGUCUCUAGGGGACUAGGAUAACCUCUCCUCUUCCUUGAACAUCGAGUUGCCAAGAUCGAAUCAUCAAGAUUGUAGGACUCUCUUGUUAAUCUCUUCCCGUUCGGAUCUUGCAUUGUGCCACUGACCGAUUUUGUUAUAUAAAAUGUUUGUCCAAGUACGCCUUCA